AUGGCGGAUUUAGAAGCAUCCCCUGGAAAUACGACAGAUGUUGGUGAUUUCGUGAAGGAUGAAGAAGAGGAACUUGAUCUCGAAGAAGGAUAUGAAGACACAAUCAUAGGAUAUCCCAUGUACGCCGGGGCGCGCGUUGAGCCAUGGCAUAGGUACGACACAGAGGAUAACCAAAAUGUCCUCUAUCCCAUUCGCCUCGGGGAAGUGCUCAACGAGAGGUACCUGGUUGAACAUAAGCUGGGAUUUGGUGGUGGCUCAACUGUCUGGAUGGCAUUUGACCUGCAAGACAAGAGAGAUGUGGCCCUCAAAGUGAUGGCCCUAGGGAAAUGGGGCGACAACGAAACUCGAAUCCAGGAUGAGAUUAUCAAAACGGUACAGGAUACUUCUCGCCUGUUUAUAUAUACUGCGACUUUCUUUCUACCCCGAGACGACAAAAAUUACCAUAGGGUCUUGGUGUUCCCGAUGAGGGGCCCGUCCAUCUGCACUCUUUCCUUAAAAAGGACUUCUAUGGCCUCUCGUAUGUCUGCUGCUCGACAAUUACUGGAGACUGUGGCAAGUUUACAUAAAUCUGGAAUCAUACAUCGCGAUCUGGAUGCAAGGAACUGUAUGUGGGGAAUGGCUCCUAUCGAUGGUCUCAGCAGAAGCGCCAAGUAUGAGCUACUCGGUCGGCCUUUGAAGCAGACAAUACCAUUUGUCGAUCUCUGGAAAGAGGGCGAGCUUGUGAGCCCUGUCAAAGUUCCUGAAGACCUUCGCACAGAUAAAUUCUAUCUCUGUGAUUUUGGUUUAGCGAAGAAAAUUAGCGACCUCCCCACUCAACGCGGCUACCCACCCAUGCACUAUUGUUCUCCAGAUCGACUUCACAAGCAAGAGCCAAGUUUUGCUUGCGAUAUGUGGAGCUACAUGGCUAUUUUCUCUAUGCUCUACCUGACAUUUCCUCCAUUUCCCACAUUUCUCGAGGGUGGAGUUCAGUGGAAAGGUCUCUACACACACCCUGGCGGACUUGAUUCAUGGUUUGAUCAGUCCCAAUCUCCUGAUCCAGACAAUGACCUUGCUGCGAAGAUUGCAUAUUUUCGUCCCGAUACUGACCUGGUCGAACGGCAACAUGUGCAAUCUAUCAUGUCAAAAGUCUUUGUCUACCACCCAGAGAAACGGCCGACCGCAACAGAACUUUUGCGAGAUCCUUCAUUCAGGGCUAUCAUGGAUCGGUACGGGUGCUGA